AUGGCGUGCAGUACGCUCGAUCCCAAGAUAUCCUUCUUCCCCAAAGCCGACGGGGCAAUCUUGAGAUCGAAACAACACGUACCGCCAAAUUCCUACCCACAGACCGUUGGCCCGAUCUUCGAUCGCGACAACGUCGAUCGCCCGAUCGAGCCCUGGUCCCUGGAAAUCAAAUCAACAUUCUACCCAGACUCACAGGAGACACAUACAGUCUCUGUGACCCCGGAAAAACCACCCGAUUUCGCGGAGCGAUAUCUGCGUGCAUUCCUGGCGGAGAAUGAAAGACUAAGACUCUCCGUGCUUUGGUAUUACACGCGCGAUAUACUGAAAGAAGAUGAGUUUUUGGCGGGACUUCAGGAGAAAGCCCAGUUAGCGCAGGAAUCGGUUGGUUGGGAGUUUGUGGUUAUUGGGAUUUUGGAUGUUGAUGUUUAUAUUCGGUUGGCGACAGUGGGACUCGAGUUGGGCAUUUUGCCCAGGGGGGAGACGCUUUGUGCGCAUACAGUUACGCAACCUCCUGGUGAUGUUUUCCUUUUGCCCAGUCUUAUGGAAGACUGGAGGUUUCGAGAGUGCCCUUAUCUCGAGAACGGUGGGCUUUAUGCGUAUGCUGGGGUGCCGCUGCGCUUGAAGACUGAAUCUGGGCAUACCGUUGGUCUUGGAUCUCUCUGUGUGGCAUCGAGCAAGAGCGAAGAACCUUUGACCAAAGCGCAGCAUCAGGCGCUUGUUCGUCUAGCUGACUGGGUUGUUUCUGAUCUCGUGCAAUGCACGAGAGCGAGACGACAACGUGAAAGACAUCGAAUGUCUGAGCUUCUCGCUAAAGCGCAAAAAGAGACGGACCAGGAAACGACUGUCGAACCGGUCUUUGAUAUUUUGAAAACUAUCUAUCCCGAUGCAAUAAUUCGCCUGCAACCAUCGAGAGCGACACAUGUCGAGUUUGAAGGAUGCGAACCCAUUCCAGUAUCUGACUUAAAAGGCGGUCUUUGGGAAGACGUUCAAUAUCUUGACGACUUUAUCACGAAUUCAAAUCACCUUCCGACUCCAUCUAAUAAACCAGUUCGCAUCGUCGCCGCCCCAUGCGAAAGUAUAUCAGGAUCGUCACUACUCAUUGUGGCAACCCAAGAUUUCCACCUUAUCUUCGACGACGCAGAUGCGUGGUUCAUUCAAGCCUGUGCGGACGUUAUAUCCCAAACAUGGCGCAAAAGCCUGCUGGCAGAAGCAAUGAUAGCCAAAGAGAAGUUUCUUCGAGCAUUCUCCCAUCAACUACGGACGCCAAUUCAUGGAAUCCUCGGCUCAGUGGAAUUGUUGACCGAGGAACUAAAGUCAAGAAACUUGGGUGAAGGCACGAAUUCGAUUUCAACACUUGGGAAACUAAACGCUGAGUCCGAGAUUAAUUCGCGCGAGCCCUUUACGUACCUUAACAUCAUCAAGAUGGCAGGUCGUGAUCUCACUUCGAUUAUCAAUAAUUUGAUUGCCCUGAACAAGUGGUCCGAUAUUGCUAUGGCAGAACGGCAUUAUGCUAUGCAUACAUUGCACGAACUGGAGACUGAGAUCGUAAAUGAGAUAAAUAAGGUUACGAUGGGGGAUACGCGGUAUAAAUGUUCCAUCUUCUUUGCCCAGAACUCGUCGCCUGGAUGUGGGAAGUUUUCUAUUGAUCUUGGGGUUCUGCGAGAUACGUUGCUUCCAUUGGUGAUCAAUUCCAUUCAACAUACGCCGCAAGGGGUUGUAUCGAUUACAGCAUCGAUUCAAUCAGACCGGAAACAACUCGUUGUUGAUAUUGAAGAUACAGGACGGGGAAUUCAUCCUGGUGAUCAACGGCGCAUUUUUGAGGCUUAUGAGAAGGUUGAUACACACUCGUCGGGUGCUGGAUUGGGUCUUACGCUCGCUUCAAAAUUCGCAUCGCUCAUUCACGGGUCAAUUGAGUUGGUUUCCUCGGAGGUUGGCCGCGGUUCUCAUUUCAGAGCAACGUUCCGCGAGGUUGAGUUUGAUAUCUCGUCUCAACUGCCGCAGCCUUUGCCUGUGAAGUUUGAUAGCCUGCCCUCGCAGUUCUUCAAACAACCAACCGACUCUGAUUCCUCAUCACUGGGCGAUCGCUUUGCGUCUUUCUUAAUUCGCAACGGAUACACUCACUCGGAUAGCAUAGAGGAUUCCUUGGUCAUUGUUGAGGUUGCGUUUGACCCGGAUCAACACCGCACAUUUCUGUCUGAGAUUGCAUCAGAGCAAGUCGCUAUCUGCCUCGUCCCGACCUCUGAAGAGAAGCAUUUUCUCCAGGACGAGGACAAUAUUAUCUACAUCAAUGGUCCUUUCUUAACCUCAACAUUCCAUUCAGCUCUUGAACGAGCACAAACCUAUCUCAAAACGAACGCCUCCAAAAACCAUCUACAACUCGAUACCCUCGACAACCCUAUCAUCAUGCCCGUAACGAUACAAAAAGACCCAAUCACAAAUGAAUACCCUGAUAAACAUUCACCGACUAUCACAUCAAAUAACCUCACCGCGAACACAACAAUUCCCCCUCCACCCGAACCAAACACCCCAAUUGCUCUCGACCUCAAAAUGACCACCACAAUGCCCACACAACCCCGAACAUCCCCUCGCCCCGUCACCCUAAUAGUCGACGACAACGCCGUCAACCUCCGCGUCCUGGAAACCUACUGCACAAAAAGAGGCCUCCCCUACCUCUCCGCCCUGAACGGCCGCCAAGCCAUCGAACUAUUCUCACAACACCAGGCCCAACACUCCGAAGAUGGAGAUGAAGCCUCCUCUAUCCAACUGAUAUUCAUGGACCUGCAAAUGCCGGUUUGCGGUGGCAUCGAAGCUACGCAGCAGAUCCGAGCCCUGGAACGACGACAUAAAUGGAGGAAGAGCUUUUUGUUCGUUAUGACUGGUCAAGAUAGUCUGGCGGAUAGGAAUGCUGCGGAGGAGGCCGGGGCUGAUGAGUAUUUUGUGAAGCCGGUUGUUAUUAAGCAGUUGGAUCGGGUUGUGAAGCAGUAUUUCCCUGCUUUUGAGAAAGGCUAG